AUGGUUUUACAACGUAAUUCAAAAAUCCGGAAGCCUUUGAUAAGAUGGAAAGUCGGUGCAGGCGAAGAUUUAAUCAGCAAAUUGCCUGACAGUAUCAUCCUUCACAUUUUUUCCUUCCUUCCCAUCAAAGUUGUUUUGAGGACUUCUGCAUUGUCAACAAGAUGGAAAAAUCUUUGGACUUCUAUUUCUAAUAUUGAUUUCGAUGAGUGUAGUCAUUAUCUGCAGCUGGGCAUGAAGCCUAGCUUUUUAGAUUCUGUAGAAAAAGUACUCCAUCGUGAUCCUUCAUGUAUACGGAAAUUCUGUUUCAGGUGUAUUAUGGAUGUCAGCGCAUCGCGUAUUAAUUCAUGGAUAUCUGUUGCUGUAACUCUUAAGGUUCAAGAGCUUGAUCUUUCCUUACCUCAUACGUCAUGCUUUGAGUUACCUGAUGCCCUUUUUAGUUCUGAUACACUCAAGAUAUUGAGAUUAGAUAUGAGAGUUCUUUUCAAGGUUCCUCCGUUAAAACACUUGUCAAACCUUAAAACAUUACGUCUUUGGUCGGUAACAUUUGAAGGUGAUCAGUCCACUGAACAAAUUCUUUCUGGUUGUCCAGUUCUUGAGGAGUUGGAUCUAUACCGUUGUUUCUGGAAGAAUACUGUUGAAGUCACCGUUUCUGUUCCUACUCUAAGGACAUUGGAGAUCAGUAGCCUUCUCUCUCUUUGUCUUUUCAGAAUUUAUGCGGAAAAUCUGAUCUCUCUUAAAUUGCAGAAGUUGUUUACCAGUUCAAGUUUUACUAUUUAUGGAUAUAAGAAAAAAGAAUGUGCUCAACGUGCAAUAAAAUUAAUUGGUGGAGCUCAUAAUGUCGAAACACUUACACUGUCAAAUGAUAUCCUUGAGUGUCUCUCUUUUGAGGAAAAUCUCCAUACUUGUCUUCCUACAUUUCAUACCUUGGCUCAUUUGAAGGUGAUUUCAUGUAAUUAUGGCCAUACAAAUGGCGCAUUGAUGAACUUUCUUCUGAAAUCACCUAUUGUCGAAUCUCUUGAGAUUCCAAGUGUUUUCCACCGGGAUAAUCGUUUGUUAUUGAACAUUGUUCCCCAAUGUUUGAAGUCAUGCCUCAAGACUGUUAUCAUCGCAUUCUUUGAAGGUUAUGUACGAGAAGUAACUUUCUUAAAAUAUUUUCUUAAGAAUGCAAACAUGUUGGAGAGGGUCACAAUAUUCUGUACAAGGAAUUACUCCACAAAUUUGGAAAAGCAGAACAAUGUCUACCAUGAGUUACAAGCAAUUCGCCGAUGCGUAAUUGAGUUUCGUUAUUCUUGGACUCGUCGUGAAAGAUAUUGGUAAUUAACAUGCUUUAAAUA